AUGAACAGUUCUUCCCCUUCCACUCCUGACAGCAUAAACAUCUGGCGCACUUGGGCCCUGACUGUGACUUAUGAAGCAGGGGAAUAUACCGAACAGAAAUUCAAGGCAGAGAAGACUGGAGGAGGCCCAGUCAUACCUUCCCCCAACCUAGACACUGAUCUGGUGAUGGCAUGUGAUCACUUGGCUGAUGUACUCAUAAAGGCAUCUAAAAAUCCCAUUCAGAUGCAGAUGGAUAUUGCAAGAUAUAGCAAAUUGAUCUCCCUGAAAGACACCGGGCAUAAUGAACAGAGAGAGGCGAGGUUGGUCAAUGAACCUGCCACAAUUCUCGAUGCAUCCGGUGCCAUCAUUGCAUGGUACCUCCAAGACGCCCUGACUGACACCACCCAGAAGGAAAUCAGGGAGGCCACUGAGUUGCUUGCUCCAAGCCUCAAAAAAAGUGUAAGGGCUUAUGGCAAUUGGCGAACUAAUCAAAAGUUGUUCAACCAGGGCUCGGAAGAUGUUGGUGCAACUCCCAGAUGCAUCAAUCUAUCUCCAGCAUGGUUUCAACAGGGACAUGAGAAUGUGUCCGAUCCGGAGGUAUCUGCAUCAUUGAAGGGACCUUCCUGCAAGAAUAUCCUCAAAGCCAUUGCAAGGCCAGCAGCCAUCGCGUCCGCGGCACUCAGAGUCAUGCAUCCUGAGCAGUACUGGGCAGGGUUGCAAACCUUGUCAAACCUUGGACAUAUAGCAGUAAGCAAGGAUCUGCCACAGAUGCCGGAGGCCCUGCAGUACUGGGCAUCAGUGUUUAACACCCUCUCUAUCAUUUCCAAUCGGGAAACCCCCAAUCAUCAAGACCAUAUGUCCAUUGCUGAAUGCUUCGACAUUCUCACCACUGCGAGGAACUAUUCUAAUGCUCGGAUGACAAUGCCAAGCCUUCAGCUGGAGUUCAAGUACAAUUCCGGCUGA